GGAGACUUUGUUUACCUUGAGAGCAAUGGCGACAGGAGGGAGGGGAGCGCUGUCUCUCCUGCAGAACUACGGUUCGGAGAGCGAAGGCGACUCGGGCUACACGAGCGAAGACGAGAAGAAGAGAAAAACCGAGUCCAGCAGUCCUCACGAACGGAAGAAGAAGAAGCGGAGAGCAGAAGAGGACGAAGAAAUGGCCGUGGAUCAUCCCUCCUCUUCCUCUUCCCCCUCGGCCUCGUCACCAUGUCCUCCUCCUCCUCCUCCUUCUUCUUCUGCCUUAGAGACGAUGAUGAUGGAGAGUCACAAUCUCUCACAAUCUCAGAAUCACCAUCUCUCCAUGGACACUACCUCACACACACCACCUGCCACUCGCACCAUACCUCUCCCAAGAGAACUGCUACAAGGUGGAGAGGAGCAUAUAGAUGACCCCUCACAGCACCAGGGAAGAAUCAGAUCCAUUGCCCACGAGCGAGGGAACUGGGCAUCUAUCGUUUACGUUCCCUUGCACCUAGGUGUUUUUGCCGCCAGUUUUGCAUCAUUUAUAGCAUCGCUUGUGGCUGCGUGUCAGGACUACAACCUGAUACUCACCCCCUCAUCCGAUCUGCAUAUUUCAUUAACAAGAACUCUCAUACUUCGCCUGCACUGGAUCCAACCUUUAACAGAGGAUCUCAGAGCAAAAUUAAGCAAAUUUUCAAGAUUUUCACUUUGGUUGCAUGGCUUGAGCGUUUAUGUAAAUGAGGAGCGUACUAGAACCUUUCUGGGGAUACGUGUUUGCCAUGGGAGGAACGAGCUGGAUGAUAUAGUGUCCGACAUUGACUCGUGCAUUGCGGAGUAUAGACUGCCACGGUUUUAUAAGGAUGGCUCGUAUCACGUGAGCGUAGCCUGGUGCACAGGAGACGUCUCGGAGUCCCUACGACGUCUCCUCCCACAACUGGAAAAUAUCUGCAGCCAGUACUUCUCAGUGGAGUCAGAAAUGCGUACUUUUAAUGUAGACUCCAUCCUGUUUCGGACGGGAAAUCGUAUCCAUACCAUACACCUUAAGGCAGACCAUUAAACCUGUGUGCAGCAUGAGUGCAACUACUGCGAACCUGCAUAUUCCAGAGAACAAAACUCCUUUCCAAGAAUUGUACUUUUGAUAUAAUAUUAGAAGAUUUUAUGUUUCAUUUGUGUGAAUUGCAUUCAAUAGACACAUAAAGAAUUAAAAAUUG